GUUCAAAGUGACUGAUGUUGAACUUGAAGGGGGGAUCCCGGAUCCUGGAGGCAGAGACUCAGACUCAGAGGGGCACAAACGGCGCGCCAUUACACAGGGCACAGGGCCAUCAGGACGGCCAUCACGGUGAUGAAGCAUAAUUGUGAGGGGGCUGGUGAGUUGGUGGCGGCUCCUACUACUAGUAUCAGCGGGCUUGUGAGAAUCAAGCAAGAGGAAGUGCGAGUACACCGCGUCUCUGUGGCGUCCAUCUUACCCUCGUUGAUAAUGAGCAAGGCAGCCUGAUCGGAGCAGUUUAUGGGUUGGUCCACAGCAUUGCAACAAUCCCCUAUUCGCUACUCACAGUUUUGUGGAGCUGUGCCUGAGAAUUGUCAACAGAGGAUUGGCGCUGCAAGAGCUGGGUGCUGUCUUCCCUCUCGAAGUGCACAAGCACGCAAACACUUGUGGGCUCGCGCAGCUGAGGGCCGCCCCUGGUCCAGGAGACCGGCCCCACAGUGACACAGAGCCGGGCAGAGUGGUUGCACGCACUGACUGGUCACAGACUCGCACAGAUGGGGGCAACUUGAAAGCACUGGACAGUGUUCCCCAGCGGUGCCCUUUCCCCGCUCAUUUGACUGCCCCCAUCUUUGCCCGUCAGUGGCGGACCCCGCAGAAUUCGAUUGUGCGGCGCACAGCCGCCAUGGCCUACGGCGCUGAUCAGAUUUGGGUGGCGCUGUCGCUGACGAUGGUGGGGGGCCUCGCCACCGCCGUAGGCGGCCUGCUGGUGGUCCUCCAGCCCACCCCCGACGUGCGUCGCCUGGGCGUGAUGCAAGGCCUCGCGGCGGGCCUCAUGCUGUGCCUCAGCUUCUUUGACCUGCUGCCGGGGGCCAUCCACAAGAUUGGCUUCAAGCUGGCCAACCUCUGGUUCUUUGCUGGAGUGCUCUUCUUCUGGGCGGUGGUCCAGUUCAUCCCCGAGCCGAGCCUGGACCAGCUGGCCGGCGCCGAUGAAGAAGAAGAAGAAGCCCCCCGCAGCCGGGGCGUGCAGGAUGGGGCAGACAUGCAGGGGGCGGCAGUCGCAGACGGAGGGGACGCAGGGCUGCGCCGGCGCCGUGGCCCGGAUGCCCCUGCCGCAGAGCGGCCAUCGCUGAGCCCGCCCCCCGACAAGAAGCCCGCCUUUGGGCGGCAUCGCGUCCUGUACAGCGGCAUUAUCACAGCCAUAGGGAUCAGCCUGCACAACUUCCCAGAGGGCAUUGCCGUCUUCUUGGGCUCGCUCAAGGGCCUACGGGUGGGGCUGACUCUGGCGGUGGCCAUUGCGCUGCACAACAUCCCGGAGGGCGUCGCUGUGGCCCUGCCCAUCUACUAUGGCACCGGCUCGCGCGCUAAGGCCUUUUGGCUGGCCGCCUUCUCCGGUCUCGCGGAGCCCCUGGCUGUCGUUGCCGUUGCGGUGCUGUUUCCGUCGCAACUGUCGGAGGAGACGAUCGAGGGCCUGCUGGCGGCGGUGGGCGGCAUCAUGGCCUUCCUGGUGCUGCACGAGAUGCUGCCCCUCGCCUUUGCGUACGCCGGCCACAAGCCCGCCGUCGUGGCUGUCUUCGUCGGCAUGGCCGCCAUGAGCCUCAGCUUGUGGUUCUUGGGGAUUGCUCUUCCGCCGGAGCUCGCUUAACCGACGUGCCUUUGGAACGCCGACGUGCUGACCGCCGGCGAUGCCUCCCCGCCCCCGUGUGUGCAAAGGGCUGGCAUAGAGGCCCGGGCCUGCGGCGGGAGCGGACGAUGAGAGGAAGCUCGAGAGUGCCGCUGAUGGACGCCCGACCUUCGAGGACUCAUCAUGCACGGCCGUUUGCUAGCUUUGACACCCGAGGCUGCAGCGGUAAGCACGAGGAAACCAUACAAUGCAGCUUGGGCACAGCACGAUCCUAGACCUCCACUAAAGCGAGGGCAUUGCUCCUGAGGCGUCAAUAGCUCCGCAGUGACGGGCUACACGUGAUCAGGAGAAUUGGUGGAUAACCAAGAAGCAACACUCUCAAGAUUGAGAAGUCACGCUGCCUUUCCAGUAGCCAGUGUUAUGAGUAAUACAGAAGUGUUGAGUUAGCCUUGCUUUCCAACCGAAGCAGGCAUCAUAUAUGGUCCUACCGUAAGCAUAUUGAAUGCUAUUCAUGUCGCGAACUUCAGAACGUCUAUCCUGACGCAUAUCCAAUGCUACUUAACUUCGCCC